GCGGCGGCCGCGCGCUGGGCCGGACCGUUGUCGCCUCUGCCAUCUGGGUGGUGGCCUAGACGGUAUCGGGGAGGGAGGAAGAGGCCCCAGUCCCGGUCCCAUCCUGUCACAUUCAAUUUCCUGAGCCCCGCCGUGGGGGCGGGGUCAGCGGCUGGAGCAAACUCGGUUUCCCGCCCCACGGCGUGGCGGUUAUCGCGGGAGAGCCCAUUCACGGGGGGGAGGGGAGGGCUCCCGGGAACGGCUCGUUGUGCGGAGCCAGUGGGAAGGAGAUGCUGGGGAUAGAGGGACUCCGGAAGAGACCAUUGUGCAUGUGGGGUGGUGGUGGUGGUGGGGGCAGAGAGAUUUCUGGAGCACCCCCCCGGUAGGGUAAGGACUUAGGGCUCUAGUCCUAGGAAGGCGCGACCCGGAGCCUAGACGGCCGUACAGCCAUAGAAACCCAGAGAAGGGCUUGUCCCGGCGGCGGCCUGCGAUACUGGGGGCUACCCAGGAGGAGGCUGGCCAGAGCAGGGUUAUCCAGGGAGAGUGGCCCGGCUGGGCGGCCACGGGGCAGGGCUUGUGCGCUAGUUCGUCCCGGGAUAGGCCGGCCUUACAGGAGGGGCGGGGCUCCAGUUCCUUCUCCUCCGCCUCCUCUCCCCCGCCCGGUCUGCUCUCAAUUCGGGGAGGGCUUUGGGAUCUGGGAGCUGUUCUGCCCUAGCCUACCCGGUUCGGGGCCAGGUCCGUCGGUGCUGUGCUCAGCUGGGCUGAAGGGGUUGGGGCUGUACAAAAGCCCGGGGCGGACUGCAGCUGAGGCUGCUGUUGCCUUUCCUGGUGGGUGCCAGGCCCGACAGGCGGGGGUGGGGGUGCUUAGCCCAGUUCUCUGACCAGCCUGCCCCAUGGGUCAGUACGUUCCUUGAGAGGGGGAGCCAAGACCGGCCGUGAGGAUCGAACGCCCUGAACUUUGGGUCCCGUCUCUUCUGGCCAGAAGGGCAUCCCGGAGUUUCUUUCGGGUCUAGGGUCCGUCGAGAGCAGUGGUUCCUCUUGCCCCGCAUCCUCCAGUUCCCUGGCGCCACAUUCAGCUUGCUAGCGUGUGAACCCCGUGGCCUUCCAGGUGGGGAGGUAGGGGGCGGUUGUUGCGGGCGGCGACGCGGCUGACUCGGCCUCCACAGGCUCCCUCCCUCCUCCCUCCCUCCUUAAACUCUCCGGAAGCGGCAAGUGCUUUGGGAGGGGGGAGGGGGGUAAAGCAGCUGCGAGGAGUUGGAGCGCCCAGGCCGUCGCUACCGCUCGCUGCGGGCAGAAUUAGGCUGACCGGGACGGGGGCCUGGCUCUGGAUACCCCCACCCCCAGCUCGGAGAGCCUGACCUUUCCCGAUAGCGGCCGUUGGCAGGACAGACACACUGACAGUGUCCUGGGACUCGAGGGGAAGCUGCGAAGCCCCAGGACUUUGAGGCGUGCCCGGAGCUAGCAGGAGAUCUGCGGGCUUGGGGUACGAGGAACCCCAAUACUUGACUUUAACCCUCUUGCCCUCUUCCUGCCCAACUUGGGGCUGCGGAGUUGCCUUGGGAGGCUGAGAGCAGGAGCAGCGGCGUGGGCUGAGGGCCGGGCUAGGCCGAAUGCUGAAGGAGAGGUCGUCCAGGCUACCCUUACCGGCCGAGUAGCCUUCAGCCAUGGAUGUGACCCCCGGCCUGGCAGUCUGGCUCUUAUGGGCACUCCUUCUGCACCAUGGCCAAGGAGAGAAGCCUCCAGGAACCAGCCCCGAGGAAUCAGCAGUGGCAGAAUUCUGCAGGAUUGACAAGCCCUUGUGCCACAAUGAGGAUGAGCAGCUCAGCUUUGAGGCCGUCCGAAACAUCCACAAGCAGAUGGAUGAUGAUGCCAACGGGAACGUGGAUGUGGAGGAGAGUGAUGAGUUUUUGAGGGAAGACCUCAACUACCAUGACCCAACAGUGAAGCACAGCACGUUCCAUGGGGAGGAUAAGCUCAUUAGUGUGGAGGACCUAUGGAAGGCAUGGAAGGCCUCAGAAGUGUACAACUGGACCGUGGAUGAGGUGGUACAGUGGCUGAUCACAUACGUGGAGUUACCACAGUAUGAGGAAACCUUCCGGAAACUGCAGCUCAGUGGCCACGCAAUGCCAAGGUUGGCGAUUACCAAUGCAACAAUGACAGGUACUGUUCUUAAGAUGACUGACCGGAGUCACAGGCAAAAGCUACAGCUGAAAGCCCUAGACACAGUGCUGUUUGGACCCCCUCUCUUGACCCGCCAUAACCAUUUGAAGGACUUCAUGCUGGUUGUGUCCAUCGUCAUUGGGGUGGGUGGAUGUUGGUUCGCCUAUAUUCAGAACCGAUACUCCAAGGAGCAUAUGAAGAAGAUGAUGAAAGACCUGGAGGGGCUACACAGAGCUGAGCAGAGCCUUCAUGACCUCCAGGAGAGGCUACAGAAGGCCCAGGAGGAACAUCGGACAGUAGAAGUAGAAAAAGUGCACCUGGAGAAAAAAUUACAAGAUGAGAUCAGCAUUGCUAAACAGGAGGCACACCGGCUUCGAGAACUACGUGAGGGUACAGAGAAUGAGCUCAGCCGCCAGAAAUAUGCAGAGCAAGAACUGGAGCAGGUACGCAUGGCUUUGAAGAAUGCUGAGAAGGAGCUGGAGUCCCACAGUUCCUGGUAUGCCCCUGAGGCCCUGCAGAAGUGGCUACAGCUGACCCAUGAGGUAGAGGUGCAGUACUACAACAUCAAGAAGCAGAAUGCUGAGAAACAACUACUGGUGGCCAAGGAAGGGGCAGAGAAGAUUAAAAAGAAGAGAAACACCCUGUUUGGAACCUUCCAUGUGGCCCACAGCUCUUCCCUGGAUGAUGUGGAUCACAAAAUCUUAACAGCCAAGCAAGCCCUGAGUGAAGUGACAGCAGCCCUGAGGGAGCGCUUGCACCGAUGGCAGCAGAUUGAGAUCCUGUGUGGUUUCCAAAUUGUCAACAAUCCCGGUAUUCACACUCUGGUGGCCGCCCUCAACAUCGAUCCCAGCUGGAUGGGCAGCACUCGCCCCAACCCUUCCCACUUUAUCAUGACAGAUGAUGUGGACGACAUGGAUGAGGAAAUCGUAUCACCAGUGUCCAUUCAGUCUCCUAGCCUGCACAGCAGCGUCCGGCAGCGUCUAGUGGAACCACAGCACGUCCUGGGAUCGCAGAGGGACUUGACCCAUUCCGAUUCGGAGUCCUCCCUCCACAUGAGUGACCGUCCUCGCUUCACCCAGCUGGCUGCCAAGCCCCAACAGCUGACCCGAGCCAUGGAUGAAGCCCUGUAUGCCCCAACCUCCAAUGGCAGCCACCGCCUGGCAGAGGCAGCCCUGGGGGGAGCUCUGGUGGAGAAGCUGCCUGAGAGUCCCGCCCUGGUCAAGAAAGCGCUAUUCCUGCAGAACCACGGGCUAGAGAAGGCCUAUAGUGUUGGGGAGCUGGGCCCUAUAGGGCUGGGGGGAGGAGGGCCCCUGCAUUCAGAUUCCUCACGUUCCCACAGUCCCAGCUCUCCUGAACCAGACACGCCAUCACCUAUGGGGGACAGCCGGGCUCACCAUGGCCGCAACACACGUAUCCCCCACCUGGCAGGCAAGAAGCAUGCUGGUGAGGAGGACAGUGGCUCCACGGGUGAGGAGACAGACUCCGGCCAGGGCAAGAAGAAGUUCCCGCUCAAAAUCUUCAAGAAGCCCAAGAAGUAGCUGGACCAGGGCUGGCUGCGGUGGGAAGACACAUCUAUCCUCCCUCUCCCCCAAGGGACCCACCCAGGGCCUGGAAAGGGAAAGGUGGGGGUCCUGAGGACCUGGGGCAUUAUUAAUACCUGCUUCAUCCUCUCUGUACCCCUCCCUUCCCCCUAUGAAAGAGGGGCCCUUCUACAUUAUUUAUUUACUGACCACCACCUGCCCUGUUUGGGCCUCCAUAUGCUGUUCCUGCUCCAAUCUCAUCAUCCCCUGGCUCCAUCCCUGCUUCACAGUGCAUGACUUACCCUUGCACCCACCAUUUUGGUCCAGCCCACCCACCUUUGCAGGGUAUCCUCAGUUCUGGUCUCCCUGUUUAUUGGGCUUUUAUGUCUUUCUCGGUCUCUUCCCCCACCCCAUUCCCUGUUCUCUCCUCACUACCAAACCCGCAGCAAUUAGGGUGAGAAAAAAGGAAGCCUGAUCCAAGGCCCAAGCUCCCACCAACCUCAGCAAUGCUGGACAGAGUGGGCAGGGCAGGGCAGGGCAGGGCUGAGGCCAGAGCUCUGUGGUUGGGGUGGGGGGUAGUGGAUGUUUGAUUUUGGUUCCUUUGGGAAGGGAGAGAGCCUGGGGCCAACCCUGGUUCUAGCCUUGGCCUGACUUUGGUGGGGGGGUGGGGGUGGGAGGCAGUUAGGACAGAGAUGAGGUAGAGCUAGCCCUAGAGAUCAGGCCUCUAGGGUGGCAGAAAGGCGCUAAAUUAGGGAUGGGCAGCCAUGGCUCUCCCCCUUUUCUAAGGUCAGGAUUCUAGGCCACACUCCCCAAUGGCCUAAUGACUGCCUCCUCUCCUGCCUAUUCUGUAGGGUAGGGGAAGGGAGGGUACCCAUAUUCCUCUCCCUCCCUUCCCCUUAAGCUCAGAUAUUUAGCCUACUCCAGGUCCCCAAGUUUGGAGCCCUGAGACUGAUUGCUUCAGUGAUCCCUAAGCACCCUCCUAGUAUGCUUGAUCCCCUUUGUGUUGGGGACCUAGCCUAAAUAGGGGCUGGCAGGGAUUCUCACAUAUGGGUGUAGCCUCUGACAGGAUUAUGGGGGCAGGGGAUGGGGCUGGGAGGGACUUUGGGCAAAGAUGUUGUUGCUUUUGAACCAAAAAUUUUUUUAAAAAAAAUUUCCUGAAUUUCCAAAGUGCCUGCAGCCCUCCCCUCCUCUCCACUUCUUUUCCAGUGCAUGGUCCUUGGGCUACCCUAGGCUCUGGGCCCAGUCCUACUGUGCAGUCCAAGGUCUGCCUCCCAUCUUAACCUCAGCCAGGCCUGGGGAAGGAGGCAGCUUAUAAGAAUAAGGAAGGGAAGGGAAUGGAUACACACUGUGCGUGUCCCACUUCCUACCCCAGGCAGUACCCCCUCCCCCAGCUUUCUGUAGGGGCUGUGAAUAAUGGCCCCCAGUCUUGCCUGUCCCUCUGGAUGAGUUCCCUAUCCCAGGGCCAAGGGGCAGGGCAGCUGGGUGCUGCAGGCCACAGUGGGCUGGCCCCCCUCCCAUCCCUAUCCCUAUGGAUUUUUCUGUUAUUUCAUAAGACUGAAGUCUAAUAAAGCAUGUAGGAUAUUUUA